UGGGCGGGAGGGAGAGGCGCUACAGACACAGGCAGACACAAUGAACCCCCUGUUUGCUGGGAUCCCGCUCAGCGCCCUGCUGUGGGCUGCCUUGGGAAACCGCAAGCGGUGCUAUGACUGCAGUGGAGGCCCCAGCGGCUCCUGCAAAGAGACCGUGACCACUUGCGGCCAGGGCAAACGCUGCGGCUUUCUGGAGGGCAAACCCCAACCAGACCUGAGACAGACCAAGCCAUCUGGAAACCCCUCAGUGACCUUGAUUCAUCACCAUGCAGCCUGCGUGGCGGCCCAUCAUUGCAGUCGAGUGGAAACAGAGGUGGUGGGAGACGUGACUUAUAUGACCCACAGGGACUGCUGCGUCUGCGACCUGUGCAACAGUGCUGUGGCGAGCACUGCAGCCCCCGUGUGCAUCGUGGCUGCAGGGGUCACCGCCCUAGCCUGGCUCUUGCCAGGACUGUGGAGAGGGUAGUGGGAGCAGGGGAAGACAAGGGAGCAAGGGAGCAAGGGAACAAAGGGGAUCUGAGGUGAGAAGAUAAACACUCCUCUGUGAGCCAUUAAAAUCUACCGACCACUCUAGAGCUGACUGGAAAAUUCCAUCUUUUGUUGAUGGGAGGGCUGAUGGAGUAAUGUGGGGGCAACCAGGCUCUAGUGUAGGGGUUAUCAAGGAUCAGUGGACUUAGUUGCAAUGGUGCACUGCUUAACCAACUAAACCCCAAAGGACAAUGGAAUCUGCCCUAUGUGACUCCUGCACCCUGUUGCUAGGGAGAAUCUUCCUUAGCAAUGAGGAUCACUGAGGGGAGCAGGCUCUGGGCUGAGUGGGGGCCACCAGGAAUCAAUGAGCCUUGUUGUCUGGGCUUGUUCCCCUUCCCCGCAUUUGCAACUUGGCUCCCAAUAUGACUACUUGGAAUUGAGAAAGGAAAUGUAAGCACUGUGAUAGGAGGGUGGCUUGGCGCCCCACAUACUGGGCCAGGUGAGGCCUCUGGAUCUAACCUGAGGGACUGAGGCCUGGAAGAGGGUCCCAGGUCCCAUCCCCAUGCAACUCUCCUACCCUUUCUGAGGAGCCCUCAAGCCACACAGCACCUCUUUCUUGGCAGUACGUCAGAGGUGUGGCCUCAAUUUAAGGUAAAUAUUGCUUCUCCAAACACUGGGCCCUGUACGCCACCCCCAGACACUGGAAGAGAGGAUGGAAGCCUGCAAAACCUGUUUUUCCGUCUGCCCCAGCCCAGCGUCUGAGAGAAACUCCCUGAAGGGUUCUUGGGUGAGUGGUGAGUGUGAGGGCUGAGAGUGUUAUUUCCUGGGAGGUCGCCUCUGACAAUAGAUCUUCUGAUACACAAUUGAUCAUAUAUAGACAUUUAUUACUCAAAAUGGAAAGGGGUGAGCAAGGGGAUGAGGUACGUAUGGGAGCCAGGGUUUGGAGAAUCAGCUCAUACAGUGAGGUCAUCAGGUCCUUCCUGGGAGCCUUCACUGGGGACAGGACAGAAACCCCAUUUCAGGCCCAGAUUCCAAUCCCUCCUCACAUGGGGCACAGGGGAGUUCAGGAGGCAAAGUGCGGAGCCCUUCUAGGAGACGAUGGAGGAUCUGGAGUGGUGUCAAGGGAAAUGGAAAGAGACUCCAGAGAAGCAGAGUGGAGGGUGUGGGAUGGAAGGAUGGAUCGGGGGACCACCGUCUAAUUAAAGAAAUGUGAAGGGUCUGGAGAAAUGCUUUUCUGAGCAAAAGGAAGCAGAGGAUACGAAGACACAAGAAGAGAGGCUAAGGCAGGUGGGAGGAGGGGCAGCCAUGGAGUGAGUCUCAGUGCAACAGCCAGAG